UCGGUGGUCUGUGCUACAAAUGACAAAACCGGUUUUGUUUUGUAAUACCUACUAUUAUUUCUUCACUGAUUUUUAGUACAAGAUCCGCUAGAACUUUGAACGCUCGGAACCUACCUACCUUUUUAUAAUAAUUGUUGAAUUUUUUACUAUUAAAAUGGAUUCCAAGAAUAUAAUAUUCUUUAUGUUCAUUGGUAUGGUGUCGGCCCAAACAGAAAACUCAUUAUCAGAUGCAUUAAACAAAUUGCCUCCUGAACUACAAGGGAAGGUUGACGAGACACAGAUCACAGAAAUAAAGAACAAAACUAUAUCAGUGUUCAAGAAGAAAUGUGAGGAAAAUGCUGGACCUGAAGCUUAUAAUAAAGCUGAGAAAGCUUUAACGCAGUUCAAUGACUGUCUUGAGUCCCUGGUAGAUACUGAGAAACUUCAACAGGAGAUUGAGGACGCAAAACCCACUGGCCAAGUUGACGAAGUAUUUAAGAAGUACUGCCAGAAAACGCCACAAUUCAAGAACUGCUUCAAGAACAUAACCGAUACUGUCAAGCCGUGCUUCUCUGUCGACGAGCAGAAACACCUGAAGACUAUCUACAAUAUUUCCGAACAGCUGGCUGAGUUUGUGUGCUUCAAGGAGGGAGACAGAAUUGCGCUGUUCAUCUCUGAGCACGGACCAGAGUGCAUUAAGGAGAAGCAACCGGAGAUUGAAAAAUGCCUCAACAGCACUCUGGGUACAGAGAUGAGCUUCAACACCAAUAACAUGAGCUUAGACAAUAUACCCACCAUCAAGUUCGAAGAGAAGGAGUGCAAUCAACUGGAGGACUUGCAAGUGUGUGUAGUGGCAGCCCUCGAGAAGUGUUCGGCGCCGACCUCGGCGAACAUCGUGGAGUCACUGUUCAAGUUUGCGCGCAAGGCCACGCCCUGCAAGGAUAUACCCACUGCCGAAGAGACCAACGCCACAAAAGAACCAAACUCUGCUAGCGGCCUGGUUGCGAAAUCGCUUGCGAUGACAGCAAUCGCUCUCGCUUUACUUAUGUAAGCCUCGAGAUGCCUACUAAGCUAUGAUUCCCUGGUAUUUUAGUCUCGAUUGUAUUAAUUGUUCUGAGGUUGCCACUUCGUAAACGAAGAAUUAUCUAUAAUGGUGCUGCUUUUGGUGUACACAAAUCUGUGUUAACUUUAAACUAAAACUGAACGAAAAAUUGACAGGUUUAAAAAAGUUCGGUUUAACUUAUAGAUUUCCGUGCAGCAGCAUUAAUACGAAUAUAUAUCUAAUAUUUUAGCUAUAUUACAUUCAAAACCAAAUAUAGCGUUUGCGUACAAUAUGAUAUUAUAUUAGUAGUUCAUAGAGUGUGAUGAUUACAUAUCCGUGAUAGUUGUAUCAUAUAAAAUAUGUAACCAAGAGAUGACCGAAAGAACCUGCGCCAUGAUGCGCUAUGACAUUUAAAUCGUUGCUACGCAUUAAAUGCAUUUUGUGACGUUUUUUCAAUAAAUUUUGCAGCUAAAGUAAUUAACUUACAGUAUACAAAUGCUGAUUUUUAAAUAUUUGUUUAAAAUUUUGAUUUUUAACACAGCAAAUAUUGCCUGGCAAAAUGUUAAUAAUUUUAAAAUAAUGCAGCUAUUUUUAAAUAAUGUUGUAACUUGAGAUGUUGCAGAAAUCACGGGUAGUAAACUUCUUUUCACCUGAAACCCAUACUUCCUUACUUAUAUUAUAAAAAGUAUGUCUGUUUUUAUGUAGGUUUUGAAUUUUUAAAUGAUACACAGCCUGUAUAUUAUUCAUAAAUUUUUCGGUCAUCUCUUGAACUAUUAUAUUAUAAUAUUGCCAAUGUCUAGCCAAAUCUUCGCUUCCAUCCGAAUUAGAAUAAGUAUUGCAUUUUAAAGCUAUAUUUUUUCAUAAAAGUGUUAGAUCAUAGGCGCUUCUUGGAUCAAGUUUUUAUAUUACUUUGUACAGAUUUAAUUGUAAGCUUAAUUUUAGUUGAGGCUGGCUCCUAUUUUCGUAAAUCUAAGGCUGGCCGCAUAUUGAUAGUAGUAGUACUAAGGCGACAGUAGGCGCCUUAGUUACUAAUUGUUGUCCCCGAUUUUGUAUUGGUUCCGCUCACGAUCGCCGAGUUGCUGUAGUUUCAUCGUAACAUAAAGACGCGUGUGUGAUCGAUCUAGUUGUUUUAGCACUCGAUUUUCAUAUUACCUACAGAGUCUACAGACUAAGCGACGAGAAGGUAGUCCGAGCAAAUGUCUGCAGUAACAAUUAAGUGCUUCUUACGAGAAAUAAGAGUGUAGUUGUAGAGCGGUCGGCCUAACCAUAAUGGGUUGUGAAAUAUAAACUAGGCGCGUACCCCCCUAGCAUCAAACUUGUGGUUAUUGCAUUGCUUUUAUUGCAAUUUCUUUUGUUAUAACUGUGAUAUUAUGUCAUUUUUUAUAUGUCAUUAGCUGAAACAGUUUCAAAAAUUUUGAUUACCUCCGAAUUGUCACUAUGAGUUAUUGACAUUUCUAUAAUUACAUUAUUGAUUUCUAAUUAUAUUUCUGAGCGUAGAUAAUCGAUGGAACUAUCGCGGAGACUAAAGUUUACUUGUGUGCGUGCGCCCUAAGUAAUAAUGGCUGUAAUAUUACGAAAUAAAUGAAGAGUCGGCCUGUUGAUAUUAUUGAUUAUAAGUUAAAUUAUGUAAUAUUUAUGUUUGCGCUGCCAUGUCACGAGAUGAAUUUAUAAUUCUUUAAAUCUGUAUUUUUUAAAUUGAAUUUCUACAUUAUACGUAUAAUAAAUAUUACAGUAGUGAUGUCCGUAACAAUAUUAUUUUUCAAAGUUUUUUUUUAAAAUAACACUCGCAUCCACUACCGAUUGAUUGAUAGAUCUGAGUUUAAUGGGUCGCCAUGCUCAGAGCAUUUUCCGAGCAGUUUACGUGAGGAAAAAUACACAGCGAGUUUUUAUGAUGUACUUUUACCAAACUUGCCACAAGCAGUCAAAAAUUUAAUCUCAUGACAGUUUUUUUGCGUGGCAGGGAUUAUAAGCAAAAAUUGUGAUUAUAAAAAUUAAUAUAACACAAAAGUGAUUAUAAAAAUUAAUACAACAUUUUUUAAAUGCCUUUGGCAUGAUUCACGUUACACUGUGCAUGGGCUAGGUGAAUGGUCUAAUUUUUUUACUCGGGUCAGUAGCGUGUCGCGUAUAGAGAACUCAAGGAAAUUGCUGUCGCGGACGGUAAACUGUAGUUAUAUGCUCAGAUGGGACGUGACACGGGCCUGAUCCAGUGUAGUUUAUUAAAUCAAUUGGUUCAUACAAAACGGUAGACACAGGCCGUUCACGGUAUAACAUGAUUCCACCGUAUACAUUCCCAAAAGAAAAACAGCUAGUUUAUUUUUAUAUUUCGGACCUUUCAUAUCGGUUUGGUAAUGUGUUAAUUUUUAUAUGACUUUGGUGAAUGCCCGUAAACGUAGUGAGUGUACUGCAUAGUCGGUGUAGUGUUUAGUUUGUUAUCUUAAUGUUGUAUGUUGCUUUAUAAAAUGGGUAAAAAUUA